AAGCAAAUUAUUUCAAUAUUAUGUUUGGUCUUAAAAUCGUCAUUCGUAUUUAGAAUUUAGAUUAGAGUGUACGGUGUACGAUUCUACAAUAUUGAAAAUACUAAUUUAAUUAAGUUUAAUAUUUCUUCACGACGAUUUUCAAUCCUGUAUUAAUUUUAUUUUUUUAUUAAUCUUAUAGUUUAAUUUAAUCGUUUUAUCUUUGAAUUUUACAUUCAAUGAUCGUUUAACCUUCUCGCAUUAAACAUUUUCGUAAUUAAAAUAAUAGUAACAUAACAAACAAAUUAACUCGGGUUAUACACUCAAUUAAACCUUUGGAUCAUAAUCUUACAACUACUCUAUGAUUUUACUCUGCGUUAGUAAUAAAAUCAUUAUUUUUGACACCAUCACUGUGUGCUUUAAUUAAUAGAUCAGUUUUUAAGUAUUGGUCAAAAUGGACAUAACUCCUAAUUUAGAUGGUGGAGUUUUGAAAGAGAUAUUAGUACAUGGCAAUGGAACGGAUAAGCCAUUUAAAGGGUGUAGGGCUUAUGUACACUAUACUGGUUCACUUUCUGAUGGUACUGUUUUUGACAAGACUAGCAGUGUGCCAUUUCAGUUUACAAUAGGAAAAGAUAUGACUAUAAAAGGUUUUGACUUGGCUGUAUCUUCAAUGACUUGUGAUGAAAGAUCAACAUUUCGAUGUCAUCCAGAUUAUGGUUAUGGAUCAGAUGGUUUUGAACAAAUCAUCCCCCCUAACACAUGGCUUACGUUUGAAAUACACUUAGUGAAAUGGACAUGGGAAGAUAUCAGCCGGCGGAAAGAUAAAAGUAUUACAAGACAAAUACUAGAAUAUGGAGUGGGUCAUGCUACACCUAGUAGUGUGUCGUUAGUUAAUAUUCAUUUAGAAAAAGAAGAAAAUGGUAAUGUUAUUGAAGAAAGAGAUGUAGAAUUUAGAUUAGGAGAAGGCAAAGACUUUGGUAUUUGUUCUGGUAUAGAAAUUGCAUUAACUAAAUUUAAAGCAAAAGAGAAGUCAAGAUUGUUUAUUCAUGGAAAACAUACAUUUUUGGAAUUUGGAGAUGAUGAGUUCAAAGAAGUGUAUGUCAUCAAACUUAAUUUUUUUGAAAAGUUUGAAGAAAGUUGGUCAUUAACAUGUGAGGAUCGUAUUGAACAAGCAAAAUUUUUCAAACAAAAAGGAACAGAUUAUUUUAAAAUGGAUAAUUAUAAAUUAGCACUUAAAUUCUAUAAAAAAAUGGAAGACUAUCUAAAAAAUAAUAUCUCAAUUGAUGAAAAUCAAAUGAAAGAAAUCAAAUUUCUUUCAGUUACAUCCUAUUUAAAUUCUGCUUUAUGUAAUUUAAAAUCACAUAGACAUACUCAAGCAAAAAAUGACUGUGAGUGUGCACUAAACCUUGAACCAACAAAUGUCAAAGCUAUGUUUAGAAAAGGCGAGGCUUUAGUUGGUUUACAUGAAUUAAUAGCUGCAAAACAAUGUUUUGAAGCUGUUUUACAACAAGAGCCAAAUAAUCGUGCAGCUAUCGCGAAAAUAAUUGAAUGUGAUAAAAAAUUAAAAUCACAAAAAAAAAUUGAAAAAUCUGUUUAUUCAAAUAUGUUUGAGAAAUUCGCUAAGAGAGAUACUGAAAAAGAAGAAGAAUUUCUAAGUCAACAGCCCGAUGUUAUGAACACACUUGGUGAAUGGGGAGAUGAUGAACGAGAACGAGCUCCUACUGAAUUUGAGAAAGAAAAUCCCAAUAUAUUGAUGUUAAACACAACAGGCUAUUUUAAAAAUAUGUAAAGUACUCAGUCUAUGAUUAAAAGUAACCAAUGCCAAAAGAAUUAGAAUACGGUGAAUGUUUAAUUCCAAACGAAUGUGCUGGUGGCAAAUCAACUUGAGCCUGAAAUAAUAAGAUC